AUGGCAGCGGAACUUGUAGCUGGUGCUUUGCUUUCUACUUCACUUCAGGUUUUGUUUGAACGAUUGGCCUCUGAGGAGAUACCCCAGCUGUUCCAGGGGAAGAAGUUGAUUCUAGACCAGCUAUACGAGUUGAAGACCAUGUUGUGGUCAGCUCAUUCACUGCUCAACGAUGCUGAGGAGAAGCAACUUCGAAACCAGGAGGUCAGGAUGUGGCUUAUUGAGCUUCAAGAUGUGAUCUAUCAGGCUGAUGACUUGGUGGACAGGAUUGACUAUGAAGCUCUGCGAUCCAAGCUAGAAGAUGAUCAAUCUAGCAGCAGCAGUGCCAGCAAGGUACUCAUGAAACUUAUGCCACCCUUUCUGUCCACAUUUGAUAAAACUGUUAAGCUUGAUUCCAUGGAGAUCCUUCAUAAGCCUUGUUGA